AAACAGCUCCAAAAAUCAAGGGGAGUAGUUAAAUUUGCUGUUUCCACCUAAAUUCCAAGUUGAGCAGUGAAUGGGGGAAGUAUGGGUGCUGCAGAAUUUGUAGGCUGCCAAUCGGGAUUUGCAAGCACAUCUGGAAAAAUACUAGGGGCUCUACGGGCCUGUGUGCAAAUUCUUGAUGGCUGUGGGACAAUACUUGUGCUCACCACCACACCAGCUUGUACUACACUUAUGGGACUCGCCACGUAACCAAGUGAUACUGUAGUGCUGGAAUGUGAAAGACCAGGAUGUACUAGGCCGCUAGUGCUUACCAGUUCACCAAAAGGUAGCGCGGCACUAGUACGGGCACUCUGCUGCAUAUGAGAGUCAUC